GAACCCCAAUCGCCCAUUUUCUCUCUUUUUGGCUUUUGAUAGAACCCUAACCCUAACUCCAAAUACCUACAAAUCAUGGCUGCACAUACUCGUCGUAAAGCUGCUGAGGCGGAGAAAGAAUCAAGGGAACGUUCAUCGUCCGACGAAGAAGAUUCCGAUUCGGAAUCUGAAGGAAAUAUGAAUAACCGGCCUCCACCAAAGAAGCUGGUAACCUCUCUUCCCCACAAGUCUACUGACGACUACGAAGAUGCGUCCGAUUCCGACAAUGAUUUACAAUCUAACCCGAUUCCCAAGUCAGUACCUGAAGUAAAUCUUGUUUCUACCAAAAAGCCCAACGGAGAAUCCUCCUCGCAUGCGGGAAAGAAUACCAGAUCUUCGAAAAAGAGGCCGGCAGAGUCUUCCCCUCUAAACAAGGGAAAUGAUUCAAAGAAGUCUAAGAAGAAGAAGAAGAAUGAACAGGAGCAGGAGCAGGACGCUGAUGAGAAUGUAGAAUGUGAAAACAUGGAAAAUAAAGUCGAUGACGCUAAAAAACAGCUGUUUCAACGGAUAUGGAGCGAAGAAGAUGAGAUUGCAAUAUUGAAUGGAAUGAUCGACCAUGGUGAAAAUGAAGGGAUUAAUCCAGCUACAGUGGAUAUGUCCUCUUUGUACGACUCAAUCAGAGAUUCAAUUCAGGUACAAGCCAGUAGAAGCCAAUUAACUGACAAAGUCAAGAAGCUGAAGAAGAAGUUUUUGACAAAUCUGGAGAAAAGCUACAACGGUAUUGAUAGAACUUUUGCAAAAGAUCAUGACCAGAAGUGUUAUGAUUUAUCCAAGAAGAUAUGGGGAACUACUGCAGGUAAAGUAACUCUUAACGCCAAGGUGUCUAGGAAUAGGAAAGGGAAAAAUGCUGUUGAAGCUAAAGCCAAAAAAUCUAAUUUGGAGGAGAAGAAGAGUGUACCCACUGAUAUGGAGGUUGAUCGUGCUGCUGUUGCUCCAUCCAAUGUUGAACCUUUCUGUAUAGGUUCGUUCUUGGAAAAGAAAAUUGAGGAAUACGCGUCUGAGCUGAUUACAGGUGAGAGGAAGUUAGAAUUGGACAGUGUGUUCAGGCAAUUACAAGUGGAGGAGGCACAGGUUUACUUGCAUCGCCUUGACUACAUGCGUAGGAAGACAAUUCUGUUGUUGGAAGCAUUGGGUUCCAACACUAAUUAAGUAAUAGGUAAAUACUUUUAAGACAUAUUGAUGAUGGUUUCUUUUAGGUUAUGAAUAUUUUGCAUAAUUUGGAAGUGUAGGUUG